AUGUAUCACGCCAGCAUGCAAAAACACGCUCGCGUUCGCUAUCUCGUGAGAAACGCUUCCGCUCACGGCUCUCAAGCAUUGUAUCCUCAUCUCUGGAAUCGAGGUAUCAUUAAUCAAGUUACGCUGGCCGGUGAAUCACCGCCAGCUUCAGAUGAUAUGGCUGCGAACGAUAUGGCUACAGACGAUAUGGCUAUAGAUGAUAUGGCUACGGACAAUGGUGCUCUCAUCAAUCAAGUUAAGCUGGCCGCUCCAUCACCACCAUCUUCAGAGGAUAUGGAUACCGACAAUGGUGUUCUCAUCAACACCGAUACCUCCGCAAGCAAUCUCCCCGACGAUACGGCUACCGAAAAUGGUGCUCUCAUCAACACCGAUAUCUCCGCAAGCAAUGUCUGCGACGCUCUUCCCGGCGAUCAAAACCUCUCUGAUGCAUCUACAUCCGCCGAGGUUACUCUCAACACCGCAACCAAUCAUCCAGACAGCACCCACAAGCUCACCUCCACCCCCAACCCCAGCCUCUCCAAUCAUCCCAACGUCCUCUCCGACAACACCACCUCCUACGACGACGACGCCGACGCCGACGCAGACGCCUCCACCUCAUCCGACGAACUAGAUCUCACAAUUGUGGAUCUCUCCGAAGUAGCCUCCCUGCUCUGGCCCGACCGCUCCGGUUUCUGGGUCCACGAUUUCGCACUCGUGCGUCAAUUCGAGGAGGAAAAACGCAUUGCGGAUAUAACAGAUUGCGGGGAGGAAUUUGUUCCUGGGGAGUUUGUGGAGGAGGAAGAGGAGAAUGAGGAGGAUGAGGAACAUGAUGAGGAGGAGGAUGAGGAACAUGAUGAGGAGGAGGAUGAGGAGGAGGAUGAGGAACAUGAUGAGGAAGAGGAUGAGGAGGAAAUCAGUGAGAAUAUGAAAGCGUGGAUUAAGUAUAGAUUUUCAGGUGCACGUAAAGAGGAGCUUAAGAAAGAUUGGGAGGAGGAAUUAGCUGAGGAGGGGGGAGUACGCGAAUUGUCUGAUUUGUGA